AUGGCUGAAAAUGUUUCAUCAGAUUCUUGCGCAAAAGCUUCGGGAAUUUUACGAAUGAUGGAAAGUGCAUCAGAUGAUUGCAACAUUGAAAGCCAGUCUCAGUUUUUGCAAAAGGAUUUUUUUGGAUUUUGGCAGAAAGUAUUUCCAUUCAUACUGAUGAAUGGAAUAAAAUACGAUUACUUUUGCAUAGUAAACACUAAAGGUUUUUACAACAAGAAUAAAAAAGAUUUAUUAUAUCCUAAUUUGCCUUCAGCAUUGAGACCAGUACCUCAUGAAAAUGACAUUCCUGUUCCAAUACCAAUUGACAUAGAAGAAGUUUUACCAAAUGAUGAAUCAAUUAUAAAGCACGAAUUAAUUUCUAGAGAACAAGAGAGCAACAAACUACGAAGUAAUUUUAAGGAAAUGCUUUCAGCAUUCCAAAAAUUAGGAUGUCGAAUGAACCUUAAAAUUUACUUUUUAUUUUCACAUUCGGAAUAUUUUCCUAAAAGUCUUGGUGAUUAUAGUGAAGAAAUAGGUGGAAGGUUUCACCAAGACUUUAAAACAAUUAAAAUCCGAUAUCUAAGGCGAUAUAAUGGUAACAUGAUGGUGGACUAUUGCUGGAUGCUGAUAAGGGAGAAUUUGACGGCUAAAAUUUGA